AGCGCUCUACCCAGCUGUGCGGCCCUAUUUACCACGCAUGCGCAGCUCACUCUUUCUUUUUCCAGUGCAGCGGAGUCAAUCUGCCGUGUUUGGCUCCUGGCUCCGGUUUCGGAGGCUAAAAAGUCUGCAAAAUGGGAUUUGUUAAAGUAGUGAAAAACAAGGCCUACUUCAAGAGAUACCAGGUGAAGUUCAGGAGGAGGAGAGAGGGAAAGACUGAUUUCUAUGCCCGCAAACGCCUGGUCAUCCAAGACAAGAACAAGUACAACACACCCAAGUACAGGAUGAUCGUCCGCUUUUCCAACAGGGACAUCAUCUGUCAGAUUGCCUACGCCAAGAUCGAGGGUGACUUGAUCGUGUGUGCGGCGUACUCCCAUGAGCUCCCCAAAUACGGCGUGACUGUGGGUCUGACCAACUAUGCUGCGGCCUACUGCACUGGACUGCUCCUCGCCCGCAGGCUGCUGAACAAGUUUGGGCUGGAUAAGGUGUAUGAGGGCCAGGUGGAAGUGACUGGAGAGGAGUUCAAUGUGGAGAGCAUCGACGGAAAGCCUGGUGCCUUUACCUGCUACCUGGACGCCGGCCUCGCCAGAACCACCACUGGCAACAAAGUGUUCGGAGCCCUGAAGGGAGCUGUAGACGGAGGUCUGUCCAUCCCCCACAGCACCAAGCGUUUCCCUGGCUAUGACUCUGAAAGCAAGGAGUUCAACGCUGAGGUUCAUCGCAAACACAUUCUGGGUCAGAACGUGUCUGAGUACAUGAGCCUGCUGAUGGAAGAAGACGAGGACGCCUACAAGAAACAGUUCUCUCGCUUCAUCAAGAACGGAGUCACUCCUGACAGCAUGGAGGAAAUGUACAAGAAGGCGCACACGUCCAUCCGUGAGAACCCAGUGCACGAAAAGAAGCCCAAGAAGGAGGUCAAAAAGAAGAGAUGGAACCGCCGCAAGCUCACUCUGGCCCAGAGGAAAGACCGUGUGGCUCAGAAGAAGGCCAGCUUCCUCCGGGCUCAGGCUGCAGAGGAGGACUAAUCUGGACUCUUCUGGCCUGCAUUAUUGUGCAGAAUUUUGUUCUAAUAAAUAUAUUGAAAAAGA